AUGUAUCCGGUUAUCAAUACCGCCCACCGUUUCAAAGUGGUUGAAACACUGCUAGAAGACCUCUGUGACAUCGAGAUCAAUGGUGAAACCCAAACUACCAUACCACUGACACAACUCAAACAACGGCUCAAGCUUUCUGCGGCUUCAUAUGGAAAUUCGCGAACUGGUGACAACUUCAACAAUCGACUGCUACAAGUUCUGUCCUACUUGGCUGGUCAA